CGGAUUACAAUCAACCACUAUCUGCGAAUCGGCAGCCUAUCUACUACCUCUACUACCUUUCUACUGUUUGUUUACCUCUGCACACAGUUUGAAAAGCGACCUGAGGCCUUGCGGGUCUCCAUGUGAUUAAAAACCCAAGGUAAGCCAUUUCCACUUAGAAUCGCUUAGCUAAGUAUGAGUCUCGCCGAUGCGCUGCGAAAAGCCGCUCGUACAGCGGCCGACGGAGACAGCGGCAAGACGGACACGGAGCUGUUUGCCGAACUCUACGCCAGCCGAAGCAAGCAUUCGGAAGCAAACGCGAUCCCACGGUUCCACUACAAACUGCCGUCGGACGACAACGUACUCUCCCAAAAACUCCGCGAGGAGUCUCGGGCCCGUUUCCUGGAAAGACGCAGCGUUGAGCUCCUCGAUCACGACGAACUCAAGACCCUCCUGAGCGAGCUGGAAAACAGCCCUUCUCCACCUCUUCACGAGGAGUCCAUGAUCAACUAUGGCGAUUUCAAGAAAGUCGAAAGCCGUUGCGGCGAGAAGUACCGCUCUUUCUUCUCAGCCAAGGUGUUCUCGAAGCUCUUGCAGAACGACCCUUACGGGCGGAUCUCCGUGCUGGACUUGUUCAACUACGUGAUGAAAAAGGUCUGGCUCCGGCAGACCCGCAUCGGACUGUCCCUCUACGACGUCUCGGGUCAGGGCUACCUCCGCGAGCACGACCUCGAGACCUACAUCAAGGAACUCAUCCCCCAGCUGCCACAGAUCGACGGCAUCGAGCGGUCCUUCCACUCGUUCUACGUCUGCACCGCGUUGCGCAAGUUCUGUUUCUUCCUAGACCCGCUUCGAACGGGAAGAAUCAAGAUACAGGACAUCCUGUGCUGCCCUUUCCUCGAUGACUUCACGGAGCUGCGCGACGACAAGCUCACCAAGACGGAUCUGGAGAACAACUGGUUCUCCGCGCCGUCUGCUCUCAAGGUCUACGGAGACUAUCUCAACCUAGACCGCACCAGGACCGGGAUGCUGAGCAAGUCCGAACUGGCACGCUACGGCAAGGGCUCCUUAACGGGGGCCUUUGUUGACAGGGUCUUCCAGGAGUGCCAGACGUACGACGGGGACAUAGACUACAAGACUUACCUGGAGCUCGUGCUUGCUCUGGAGAACCGUAAGGAACCGCAGGCCCUGCAGUUCUUCUUCCGGAUCCUGGACGUGAAAGGAUGUGGCUACCUGGACGUCUUUUCGCUCAAUUACUUCUUCCGCGACAUCCAGGAGCAGAUGAGGCUUCAUGACCAGGAACCGGUGGGAUUCGAGGACGUGAAGGAUGAGAUCUUUGACAUGGUGAAGCCCGAGGAUCCAACCAGGAUCACACUGCGUGAUUUGAUUCGUUGUGGGAAGGGGGGCACGGUGGUGAGCAUCCUGAUAGACUUCAACGAGUUUUGGGCUUACGACAACCGAGAGACGCUGGCGGCAGAGGUGUAACUGCGCAGUGUGUGAAAAGUCUUUGGUGCAUGAUGAACUGGUGACUUUUCUUUGUACAUACAUGGCAACUUCUUGGGAAGCCUUCUUUUGUAUUUUCAUCAAAGACAUUUGGGGUGCCUCUAUAACCCUAGCAUCAAAUUAAAUAAAAAAAAAAACUUG